AUGAAUCCGACUCAACAAUCAGCACCAGAUACGCCGGCCGGGGAGAAGGAAACGAGCGACCCCACCCCAGGCUCGCAUGCGAAAGAUGAAGAACAACCGACAGUGCCUCGAAGUGGAACCCCUAAGCAUGUGGAAUUCUCAGUUUUUACUGUGAAUCAGAGGAGAGCGAUGGUGACGGUUGGCUCUCUUGCCGCCUUCUUCUCGCCUCUCUCGUCCAGCAUCUAUUUCCCGGCGUUAGAUACGAUUGCCACAGCAUUGAGCGUUUCUACUUCGAAAAUCGAUAUCACGGUUACAACAUAUCUAAUAUUACAAGGAAUAGCCCCUAUGUUCAUUGCCGGUUUCUCAGAUGGUGCUGGACGACGACCCGCAUACAUGAUCUGCUUUACAGUUUACCUUGCAGCGAACCUUGGGCUAGGUCUUCAGAACUCUUAUGCUGCUCUGGCUGUCUUGAGAUGUCUCCAAAGUGCCGGAAGCAGCGGCACUGUCGCAUUGGCCAAUGGGCUGGUGGGUGACCUGGUCACAUCGGCCGAUCGAGGUAGCUAUAUUGCAUUUGCCUCGCUUGGCUCAAUGCUGGGCCCUUCGCUUUCCCCAAUAAUUGGCGGCCUGCUCAGCCAGUAUCUCAAUUGGCAUUGGCUCUUUUGGUUUCUUCUUAUUUUUGGCGGCAUCUUCUUCCUAGCGCUGCUUCUUUUCCUGCCCGAGACUUGUCGAAAGGUUGUAGGCGAUGGUUCAGUACCACCGCCUGUUCUGAACACCUCCGUUACUGACCUGAUUCGACAAAGGCGAAGAAGCCAUAAAGGUCUCACGCCUGACCCGGAAAAGGUUGCGGAGGUUAGAAAGAAUUACCGAUUACGAUUCCCUUCGCCGCUGCCGACUCUGAAGGUGAUCCUCGAUAUUGAAACAUCCAUUAUUCUGUUGACGACCGCGUUGAUGUUUGCCUGCUUCUAUGCUGUCAUGACCGGUGCAACCAGUUCAUUCCACGAGGUGUAUCAUUUCAACAAUAUUCAAACAGGCCUGAUGUAUGUCCCCAUUGGGGCUGGAGGCGUCGCUUCUGCAUUUACAACGGGUCGCCUUCUGGAUUGGAACUACCGCAGACACGCCAAACGGGCGGGACUCCCAGUCAUCAGGAACGUGCGACAAGAUCUUUCCAAUUUCAACAUCGAACGAGCCAGACUGGAGAUUGGGUUGCCCAUGUACUAUCUGAGUGUGUCUACUGUCAUUGCAUACGGCUGGGUUCUGGGCAUCAAGGUCAACCUGGCAGCCCCCGUGAUCCUGCUUUUCCUCUGUGGGUGGUCUUUGAACGCUACGGCGCAAGUCCUGAGUGCGCUCAUGGUUGAUCUGUGGCCAGGCCGAUCUGCUGCUGCCACGGCGGCAAAUAAUUUUUUCCGCUGUGAGCUAGGUGCUGCCUCGUCGGCUGCGAUCACUCCGAUGAAAAACGCUAUGGGUUGGGGAUGGGCGUACACCACAUUGGCGCUGAUAGCGGUUGUAGUGUCGCCUACAUUCUGGUAUUUGAUGUCGCAUGGGAUAAAAUUGCGACAAAAGCGACUGGCGAAAGAAAAGGCUCGAUCAGAGUCUCACUAA